CCACCGUGCGAGGCGUGGCCCCCGCUUCUUAUAAGAGAGACGGGCUCUCUGCUUCCCCGCGUCUCUAGAGCCAGCAAGCAAACCACCGCCGCCCGCUCGACUUCCGCAACUCCCUCUCCCUCCAAAACCGCCAGCCCCGAGAUCGAUCCAUCGAUCGCAACCCAAAGAACGGUACAGACAGAUGGCCGGCGACGACUGGCGCUGCCGGAAGCACCCGGCCAUGCCGUGCGGCGGGGUGUGCCCGCACUGCCUCCGCGACCGCCUCAUCCGGCUCUGCCCCGACUGCGCGCGAACGCGGCCCUGCCCCUGCGCCUGCGCGGCGUCGACCUCCCCCUCCUCCUCGGCAUCGUCCGCCUCCGGCGGCGGCGGCGCGGCCGUCGGCCGCGUGUGCAGCCUCAUCGAGCGGGAGCGCCGGAUCGGGCGCUCGCGGUCCGUGGCCGCCGCGUCCGGGGGCAUCGGCGUGGGAGACGAGAAGCGCCGGUCCAGGGUCUGGGGCUGGGCGUCGUUCCGGAAGCCCGCGGCCGGUGGCAGGGGCCUUGAGGUGGAUGACGAGGCGGGGCAGGAUCGCGACGAGGACGCGGCGGCGGCGGCAUUGGCGCGAUCGAGCUCUGUCUCCGCGACGAAGGCGGCGCCCAAGGCGGGAGGGUGGGGCCGGUUCCUGCCCGGCCCGAUCAAGGCGCUGCGGCACCGCAAGUCGCGCGCCGGUGCAGGGGAUAGAGGCGAUCGCCGGGAGGGCGUGUGGUGAGAUGGCCGGCCGGCCGGCCGGCCGGCGCGCGCGCGAUUAGGUUCUCUUUUUUCCUGUUUAUCAAUGAUUGGAUCUUGCUGAGAAUUCUGUAACUAUGAGGCCUUCUGACAUUUCUUUUGGAUCUUGCCAGUAUAUAAUAGUACAUAAAGGUGUGGAUAUGUUUAGUGCGCA